AUGGCCGACACCGAUAUUAAUGGCUUGUCGCUAGAUGAGUACGCUCGAUAUGGGCGGCAGAUGAUCCAGCCCGGCUGGGGGCUCGAGGCUGAUGACAGAUUGAACCCACACGUUAACUACGAUCCGAUACCCGAACCGCUCCUGCCUUCUACAGCCGUCUCGCUGCUGAAGGGACACGACCUGAUCCUCGACUGCACCGACCGCCCAGCUACGCGCUACCUCGUCUCCGACACUGCGUGCUCCCUCGCCAUCCCGCUUGUCAGCGGAGCGGGCAUCUCUACCUUGGGCCAGUGGAGUGUGUACGGCCCUCCGGGGGAGCGUGCGUGCUACCGAUGCGUGUGGCCGCGCGCGGGAGCUUCGCAGUCCUGCGCCGACGCGGGAGUCUGGGGCCCGACAGUCGGCAUAGUAGGCUCUGCUAUGGCAGCGGACGCUCUUGCUGUUCUGCUGGAGAGCUACGAGCCCGGGCUCAAAUGCCUUCAGCUCGGCGGAAGUCCGAUGGUGCGCACAGUGAAGCCGCUGGAUGAGGAGGCGGAGGAGUACGCGCAGCUGUGCGCUGUGGAGACCGACAACGGAUACGCCCAGGGUGAGGAUGGAGAGCGGAUAUCGGCCGCCGAGCUGCAGACGCUCCUGCAGUCCGGGGCCACCGUGGUGGACACACGACCGCCAACCGAGUUCGCCAUCUGCUCCCUACCCGGGACGACGAACAUCACUUUGGAUGAAAUUCUGAAGCGGCCGGAGGAUGUACCAGGCGACGGAGAGGUCACGUUCCUCUGUCGCCGUGGAAACGACAGCCAAAUCGCCGCCGCGAAGUUGCGCACGGUCGGCAGAAUAGCGAGGGACGUCCGGGGUGGGCUAGUGGCUUGGAGUCGUGAGGUUGAUGAGGGCUUCCCCGUGUACUGA